AUGAAUAUAAAAUUGUUGAUAUUCAUCUUAUCUAUUCUUAAUAAGUUAUGUAUCGGUGCUAGAUAUGAAUGUAAUUAUAAUGAAGUGUCAUGUGGUUGUGGUAUUUCUAAUGUUGAAUUAAAUCCAUUAAGAAUUAUCGGUGGUGAAGAAGCUAUUUCAUACAGUUGGCCAAUGAUUGUUUCUUUGCGUAAUAAUCGUCAACUUGAAAAAAAACAUUAUUGUAGUGGAUCAAUUAUUAACAAAUAUUUUAUUUUAACCGCAGCACAAUGUGUUAUAAAUAUGGGUUCUCCAUCAAACAUUCUAACUGCUACUGCUAUUCACAAUCGAACAGACAUUGAUGCGAUAGAGCAUUCAGUGAAAAACAUCUUCAUACAUCCUAAUUAUACAGGGCAUAAAGAUGGAUUUAAAAAUGAUAUCGCUCUUUUAGAACUUGAUAUCCCACUCGAUAUUGAUGAAAAUUCAUUUCAUGCAAAAACAUGUUUAUCAGAGAUUAAUAUCUCAAUAAAUGUAACCAAUUAUCCGUCAAAUGGAGCACGAUUAAUUGUCAUUGGAUACGGAUCAAAAGAGAAUGAUCAUAAUAAUUUAAGCAAUAAUCUGCAGCAAACAGAAUUAUUUACCAUUGAUAAUAAUGAUUCAAUAUGUCGUCGAUCAUUUAUUGAUCCAGAAAAACAAAUAUGUACUGGAAUUUAUCAAGGUGGUAAAGGUACAUGUCGUGGUGGACCAGUGUUGCAAUGGAUAGGUAAUCGUUGGGAACAGAUUGGUAUUGUAAGUUAUACAAGAUGUGGAAUUUUCGAAUAUCCGAGUAUUUAUACUCGAUUAGCUUAUUAUAAUGAUUGGAUAAAUUCUAUUAUAAAUAAACAUAAUGUAUCAUUGAAUAUAACAGUUGUACAAAAACCUCAAAUGACUUAUGAUUGUAACAAAAGUAAAGUACCAUGUGGCUGUGGUUAUAAGAAUGUAAAUAUUUGUCAAUCACGAAUAAUUGGUGGUGAAGGAGCUGUACAACAUAGUUGGUCAAUCAUUGUUUCACUACGAAUGGAUUGUAGUGGGAAUAAUAAAGGAGUAACUCAUUGUUGUGGUGGAACUAUUCUUACAGAAUCUUACAUUCUUACAGCAGCUCAUUGUGUUGAUAAUUCAUUGAUUUCAAAUAUAACUGUUGUAGCCGGUAUUCACAAUCGGGUUCAAAUAAAUCAAACAAUUCGAACAGUGGAUAGAAUAAUUGCACAUCCUAAUUAUACAGGACCAUUUCAUGGAUUGAGAAAUGACAUUGCUUUACUUCACUUAUCUGAGCCACUCGACUUUGAUACCAGUCCAUUCAUCGCUCGAACGUGUUUACCUCAUCGGAUAAAUUCGUCAGCAAACUUAUUAGAAUACCCUUCAAAUGGUACUAAUUUAAUAGUGAUUGAUAUUAUAGAGUAA